AUGUGCAGCGAGACACCACCUGGACUGUGGAAUUUCCCCAUAUCCAAAACUCUCAUGAUAGCCACGAUUGCUAUACCAUUAGUAGCAUCUGUGGCCGAUUUGAAAUACUGGUUUUUGGUGGAAUAUCAACCCUUUAUUAAAGAAUACAAGCAAUACUACAGACUGGUAAUUUUCCAGCUAGGUGCGAUAAAUGAAAGUGAUGCUGCCCUUUUGGCUCUACUAUGGUACAAAUUUCGUCAUCUAGAGCGUCUUUUCGGCAGCCGCAAAUACCUUAGCAUCAUAUGCUUGUGUUGGGUGUACACAACUGUCCUUCUGGUAGCAGCUAACGUAGCGAUUAACAUCAUCCCGUUUGUCGAAUGGAACAGAUUCCCCACAGGAGCACUACCAAUAGUUCUCGCUCUUUUUCAUUUUUACAAAGAGUAUACUCCGCAGCUGUAUGAAUUUGACAUGGUUCUAACCCGCCCGUUUGGAUCACACUCGAAACAGCUGAAGUGGAAAUUCAACAACCAGUUUGUUCUGAACGCAUUUAUCACCCUCCUGCUGAUCAAUCAAGGCUUACCAGGGAUAGGGUGUGGCUUCUUAAGCUGGCUGACAGGCGUCCUUGUCGAUAAGGGCCUGUUUCCGGGGCUAGCUUCCUUUCGCGUACCGCUUCAUUCAAGAUUCAUGCUACCAGGCUUUCCAAGGCGAAAUAAUGAUCAAAAUGUUUCACUCAGGGCCUCAAACAACGAGAAUUCCAUGGGUGGUAGCGAUGAAACAGAAGCUACGGAUAACGGCGAUGAGCCAGCACGCCCCUUGGGAGUUCAAUUUCUCGAUACGUUCAGGCGAUAG